AUGUUGGACUUUACGCCGCUGAAGGUGUUCUCCUUCAAUUCUACAAAAAGCUGUAAUUGGUCCUCGCGUAUUGCCUUGCUCUUGCCACUCAGCGUGGUUCCACAUCGGUCCUUGACCCAUCCUACAGGUUUUUUUACUUGGUUUCUUCCAGCAUUAGCAUUGUUCGGAGGCGAGAAGACUCGGAAACUGUUGUUGGCCUUGUGGCUCCGAGAUGGGAUUCGAGGUCCAGAAAAGUUGGAACCUGAUAAGACUGAUGUCUUUCUGGUGCCAUAUGGAGAUUCGCCAGAAACAGUGGGCUUAAAAAACAAUCGCUUUCAAUUUUUCUUGCAAAUGCUUUCGCCUCGAGUGAGAAGCAUUCAAGAGCUUCAGGACGACGAGUGUCAUUGCUACAAAGUUGCCCUUUGGGGUUUUCCAGAUCCUUCGUUGCGACUCCACGGGGAUUUGGAUUGGAGGGAUGCAGAGCAUUUCAGGCGAACUUUCCGAUACCACCUGACACCUGGAGUUGACAAUGACAAAAGAUUUGCAGAAAACUUGGCAGAGCACCUGGGGCAUUUCCAUCCUAACAGCCUCGGUUUGCUCUUCGCCUACAGAACGGCUAAAGUUUAUGAUCCGGAAGGUUUGCAGCGAAGAAUUUCAAACCAGAAGGCAGUUUUUGACGCCCUAGCCGAGUUGGUGAGACGUACCCCACCGUUGCAUUUGAUGUACUUAUCCUGGGAGAAGCUGUCCAUCGUAGAUCAGGUGCGGCUGGCUUUGGACUUCGUGGACAUUCUGGUGCAGCCCUUCGGAGCUGGGAUGAGUUGGUCGUUGUUUUUGCCAGCAGGGAGUUAUGUCGUGGAGCUGCAGCAGGAUUCCAUCGACACUGCGCACUUUGUAAGCUGUUUCCGGCCAAACAUUAUCCCAGCCGUACAGGAAGGCCUCAGUGGAUACGACAGUCCGUGGGAGCCAGCCACCAACGCCCACAGUGAGUGGGGAGCUUGGGCCUUUAUGAACAAAAUCAACUUUGCUUGUGUUAGCAAUAGGCCCACUUACGCACAUUGCAAGAGAUCAUUCAGUCCAACGAUUUGGGACACUCCUUUUAUCGAUGUAGAUAUUGAUACUGUGACCACCUUGGUUGCGGACGCUGCUAGACGUUUGACUGUCAGAAACAGAAGCCAUCAUGCUUCCAUGCCAACAUAAAUCACACGAGCUCUCCGAGGGAAGAAUAAGGAGUAAUAAGGGGAAGCAUAAGGCGAUCCAGUGGCGUAGGUACCACUUUCAGCGCUCGAGUAUUUCCUAGACGGUCACCAAGACCCCUGGCGAUGAAGACAGAAGACUCAAAAGACCAUGAUGAACAGAUUCGAACAGAUGAUGAGUCUCGAGCUGUGGGAUCCCGGACCAGCUGACAUGGCAACCUGGGAUGCGAAUCUUCGCAAUCAUUUUUCUGUGUGAGCCGUGUGAGCACUCCCUGGAGCUAUUGCUGAUAUUGCUGGAUGGUGGAAGUCAGAGAGUGUGAGGUUCUGUUGAACCUGAAAGUUUCUGCAAUCUGCAGCAUGCCAGGCAAAGCUCCUGGUCUGUGUGCUUCAGACUCUGCAAAAUGGGAGCUAUGUCAGCUAUGUAGACUUCCUUUGUGCACUUUGCAUGUGCCGGGAUGUGGGUUUCUUCCUAUGGAAUCAACUCUGUGAGAAUUUUCCAGGUUCUGUGGAUUACGAAGGUCGCUUGCAGGAC